GCGAACUAAGUAGUCUCGAGGAAAGUUGCUCCUGCCGUCAUCCGCGUGGAGGUCUGCGGCGGGAAAGGCAGCCAGCCGUCGCCGUGAUGACGUAGGGGUCUCCCUCUUCGUUUCUCUCCCGCGAUUGUUUCUCUCCCCACCUUUUUUCUUUUCUUUUUUUUUUUUCACGUGCGUCUUUUGCGUCAGACGGACGUUCGCGCGGCUGAUCUGCUUCCCGCCAGCUGCCCUUUCCCCAAAACGAAGGGGAGGCUUCUCCGCUUUGGGUCCGGCGAAGCUGGGCUGGCACGCCGUGAGGUAAAAAAAGAGGGGGGAGCUCAACGGGGGGAGACCCCUCCAAUCAGAAGAGAGGCUCGAGGGAGCCUACGAAGGUUUAUGUGGUGUUUCAAGACUCUGAGCAGUUUACAAUGCAUAAAACUAAACUUUAAAAAAUCUGUAACAAACAUACCAAAGAGGACUUUGAUGUGGCACCAUUAAAGGAUGCAGAAUCUUCAGACAUCUUCAAAUGCUUCUCUGAAGCCAUGUUUUUAUAUGUCUUUGCAAAAAAUAAAUGUUUGAAAGGUGGUGGCCUGAGUAUUUGGGAAUAGGUUGAGAACAGAGGCAGGGAGCUAUCACUGGGAAGCCUUGAAUACAGAAUCCCUGUAGAUGGCAUUCCCUCAGAUUUGCUUCAACUGUUAUAAUUCAUGUAGCAUUUGGUUUAAUACACAUGUAUAUACACCCUAUAUUCCUAAAUUUCUUUAGAAAAGCUGUUAGCUCUUUCAGCCACUUCAUCCAAUUCAGUUAUGCUUGGAAGUUGGGUAACUCAUCAGAAUAUAUCAGAUUUAUUUCUGCUCUGCUGUAUUUGCGAUGAACUGUUAAGAUUCAGCAUUUCAGUCCCAUGUACUUUCCCCUGUCCUUUAAUAUUCUGGAAUAGUUUGGGAUUCAUGAGGCAUUGACCUCCCUAUUUCAUGGAGAAUUAAUUAGGCCAGUGUUAUUUGUUUCACUAGUUAGCAAGCACAGCUGAAAUUAGGCUGCAUUUUGGGUUAGGGUAGUCACAUUUUAGAAAGUUAAUGUACAAACUUCUUGAUUUUAAAUUUACUGCCAAGUUUUGGAAUAGAUGUAAACCAUAGUAAUCAACUUUUAAAUUUAUUUUUUUUAAAAACAGCUGCGUUAAAGACUAGUCUUCAUUAUUUUCAGAAAAUAUUUGUAUGAAAAUAUGACUCCAUUGAAAUUAUGUGGGUCUGUUCGCAUGCGGAGCAUACAAACUGGGACUACAAAAUGGAAAGAAGGAACAUUUGAAAUUGUGGAUAAAGACAGCAAAGUGAUUUUGGUAGUUCGCUACAAUGCUGGAGGAAUUCCAAAAAUAUUUCCACUGAACCAUAAUAUAAAAAAUGUAGUUGUACGACCAAAUAAAGGGAAAUUGUAUUGCUUGAUGAUAACACUGAAGGAUUCUAGUGUUUUGACUCUUGAUAAAAUACCAUCGAAAGAUGCUGAUGAAAUGAAGCUGUAUCUGGAAGCUAUUCAAAACAAGAUUCAGACAGCUGUGAAAUUAUCUCAUGGAUCUGGCAGUUUUGGAGGAGUUUUAAGCAAUAGAGCCAUGCAGAAGGAUUCUAACAGACAGUUACCUUCCCUUGAAAGCCAGACUCCUAGAAGAGUGAUUGUAGAAAAUAAAGAUGAAACUCCAUUUCGUAAAGUAUUGGUCAGCCAAGGAAGAGCAUCAAUUAAGAAUUCUCCAGUAACUGGAAUGUCUUUCAGCAGGGUCAAUAUCUCAACUACUACUGCUUCCACACCUCACAGAAAUGGAUUAUUAGAAAACCGUGAAAGAAGGAAAAGGACACCCCCUGCAGUUGAGAUGAAUGAAGAUUAUCCUAAAGAAAAUGAUUCAUCAAGCAAUAACAAAGCCAUGACUGAUCCAGCACGGAAAUUUUUGCACAACAGUAGAGAAAAGCAGCUGAAUAUGAAACAGGCGGAGGAAAACAGGCUAUCAGGGGUUGUGCCUUUACAAUCAUCUUCAUUUUAUGGUAGCAGAUCUUCUACAAAGGAUUAUUCAGCUAGUAAUUCUAAUUUGGACAGGUCUAAUGUGUUGAAUCCUUCUGCCAAAAGAAGCUUAGGCUUUCUCUCUCAGCCAGCCCCUCUUUCUGUGAAAAGACUGAGAUCUAAUCAGGAUUACACAGGAUGGAACAAGACUCGAGUGCCCCUUACCACUCAUCCACAGCAACAGUUACAAGGAUUUACAAAUUUAGGAAAUACUUGUUACAUGAAUGCUAUUUUACAGUCUUUGUUUUCAAUUCAGUCAUUUGCUAAUGAUCUUUUGAAGCAAAGUAUCCCAUGGAAAAAAGUUCCAUUCAAUGCAUUGAUCAGACGAUUUACCAAUUUACUUGCUAAAAAAGAUGCAUGUAGCCCUGAAGUAAAGAAAGAACUACUCAAAAAGGUGAAAAAUUCAAUUUCAGCUACAGCAGAGAGAUUCUCUGGCUAUAUGCAAAAUGAUGCUCAUGAAUUCUUAAGCCAGUGCUUGGAUCAGUUGAAGGAGGACAUGGAGAAGCUGAACAAAACUUGGAAGAGUGAGCCUAUUUCUGGUGAAGACAACUUGUCUGGACGCGUAUCUGAUGACUGUUCAGCCACUAAAGUUUAUACAUGUCCAGUAAUUGCAAAUCUAGAAUUUGAAGUUCAGCAUUCAAUCAUAUGUAAAAUGUGUGGUGAAACUGUCACCAGGCGGGAACAGUUUAAUGAUCUUUCCAUUGACUUGCCACGUAGGAAAAAACUGCUUCCUUCUAGAUCAAUUCAAGAUUCUUUGGACCUCUUUUUCCGGGCAGAGGAAAUCGAAUACUCCUGUGAGAAGUGCAGCGGAAAAUCUGCUCUUGUGACACACAAAUUCAGUCGGUUUCCCAGGGUUUUAAUACUUCAUCUGAAACGGUACAGCUUCAAUGUGGUGCUUUCCCUCAAUCACAAAGUAGGACAGCAAGUGGUUAUUCCAAGAUUUUUGACACUGCAGUCACACUGUAUAGAAAACACAAGGCCCCCACUCAAUCUUGGAUGGAGUGCACAAUUAGCCAUUUCUCGGCCAUUGAAAGUGUCCCAGAUGGUGAAUUCCUGCUCUGUAACGACUUCUACACCUUGUCGAAAAUACUCAUUCAAGAAUAAAGGUCAAAUUUUAAAUUCUUUGGAUUCAGACAGUGAAGAAGAACUCCUAAAACGCCCUGUUGCAAACAGUCAGAAACAGUGUGAUUUCCAGAGCAAGGAACAGCAGCAGCAAGAGGAGCUUGAGAAAAGCUCAAAGAAAAAUAAAACAGAAAAUCCCAAGUCUCCAGAUUCAGUAAAUAGUGGGCUUGAAACAAUGAGUGAAGAUGAACUUCUAGCAGCCGUCUUGGAGAUUAGUAAACGUGAAGCAUCGCUGUCAAGCCAUGAUGAAGAUAAGCCAACAAAUAGUCCAGAUACUGGCUUUGGAGAUGAUGAGAUGCAAGAGUUUCCAGAUAAUAUGGAACUUAAGGACGCUGAUAAGCCCAAAGCUGCUGCAGAAUCUGAUUAUGCCAACUUUACCAAGGUAACUAAAGAUUUCGAUGAAAAUAAGGAAAACAAAACUCCAGAAGGCACUCAGGGGGAAGUGGAUUGGCUGCAACAGUAUGAUAUGGAAAGGGAGAGGGAGGAGCAAGAAUUACAGCAGGCUUUGGCUCAGAGUCUCCAAGAACAACAGGAGGCGCGGGAGCAGAAAGAGGAUGAUGAUCUUAAACGUGCCACUGAAUUAAGUCUACAAGAGUUUAACAACUCUCUCCUGGAUAGUCUUGGCUCUGAUGAUGACUCUGGGAAUGAGGAUUUUCUAGACAUGGAGUACUCUGAAACAGAAGCUGAGGAACUGAAAAGAAAUGCUGAGACAGGAGAGCUUCCUAAUUCAUAUCGUCUCAUUAGUAUUGUCAGUCAUAUUGGAGAUACAUCCUCCUCAGGUCACUAUAUUAGUGAUGUAUAUGAUAUUCGCAAGCAGGCCUGGUUCACAUACAAUGACCUGGCAGUAUCAAGAACUCAAGAGGCCUCUGUCCAGAGUGAUAGAGACCGGAGUGGCUAUAUCUUCUUCUAUAUGCACAAGGAUAUAUUGGAUGAAUUGCUCGAAACAGACAAGAACCUGCAACUGUCCAGCACAGAAGUGGGAAAGCCAGUCUGACAGCCCUUGUGAAGAAUGCCCCUUUACCUGAGCACAAAGAGUUAAGAACUUUUGCCUAAUGCACGGGACACACAAAACUGAGGAACUCAGGACCUAGUUGAGAGACAAGCUGCUUCAGAUAUGAAAGGGCCAUUCCAUCCCUUUCUUUGAACUUCAGCAGUUAAUCUUCUGUUAUCCAGAAUUUUUUUUUUAUUGUUUUGGUUUUGUUCUCUGUUGAGCUACUCAAAUAACUUUACCUGCAGAGGAGAUGAUCAAGCUAGAAAAUUUAAAAAAACUUCUUCCAAAAACAUAGUAUGAGAGAAGACCACAAGAUCACCUAUUAUUAACAAACGAAGGAGAUCCUAAACAUAGGUUGACUUUCUUUCUACAGAAGAAAAAAAAAGGGGGGGGGGGAAGCAUAAGCUAUACUACAGCUAUACUAUUUCCUGAAAGUGCAGGUGGCUGAUUGGUUAAAUGGAAGGAUCCAUCUUUCCUAGAACAGAUGGACUUAAACACUUACGUUUGUAACACUCCAGAAUCCUUCAUUUUCAUCAUUUCAAAUAAUAUAUACAUAUAUGUAUAUUUUAACUUUUUAAAGUUUUUAUUCUUUUUGAAGGCAUUAGUUUCUAAGUACUGUCAUUUGCAGAACAGUUCCCUCUCCCCUUGAGUGUGCAUGGGCGUGUAUAUCUAUCUAUCUAUCUAUAUUUCUUGUGUUUCAUGGAAGAGCCACCCUGGUUGGGGUGGUGAAUGGCAGUCCCUUUUUGAGCUGAUGCUAAUCAGUAAAUGAAACAGAAGCAGCUCAGUUCUGCACUGGCUUCCAGAGCUGUAUGUGCUUGAAAGUGGCAAGUAACAUGGUAACAGAAACAUGGAAAUAUAACUGAGUUUGUUCUCGUGCUGUUGGAAAAAAACAAAACUCGUAAAUGAUUAGCAUUUGCAAGAUUUUUCAGAGCUGCAGUAGAGGAGUUUAGACACUUAAAAGUGUUUGAAUAACUUGCUUAUGCUGGCAAAAGUUAUAUAGAAUUUAUUUGUGCCCAACCCUCAUUUUAGUGCUGGAAGUUAAUAACUAUUAUCUCAUUUUCACUUUCCUAGCAAUGAAAUUGCUAAUAAUUGAGAUGUUUCUUGAUUUGCUUCAUAGUAAAAAUAUUUUCUUUGAAAAAGAUAGCAGCUACAUGGAAAAAAUGUAUUUUACCCUUGUUGGGGAUUUUUCUGUUCUUUACAUGUUAGAACCUUCUGAAACUACAUUUUGAGAGUAGACCUGAGUCACAUAGACAAUAGAAUUAUUUGUUGCAGAAAGGUUUUAAGAUUAUUGAUAAAUGCAGCCAGUAUUGGAGAACUCUAAAUACGUAAGUAUAGAAGAUACCAACAGACUAAAAUACUAUCAGAUGUAGAAGACAAAGUUCUCAAAAACUACACUGCACCAAAGCAUAACAUGCUAACUUCUGUGGUAAUUUUGUACUGUUCACAAAGGUAUUUGGUGUGUUUUUAACAAAGAAUAAAGGGAUUUUCUUUGUAAAGAAGAGUAUCUCAAAAUGUGAUAGUCUUGAUUCUAGAGUAAGGCUAGCUCUCUGUUAACGUAACAAUCCUUUAGAUAUUUGGCAGAAUCUGAAAAGAAACUGAAUUUCUAUGCUUGAGCAGAGUUAUCAGUAAAAUUCAGGAAAAAGGGUUUUUAUUUCACUGAUAGCUGAACUUCCAUUCAAGUAAAUGUUACCAAGUCCUUGGUCCCUUCUCUGCUCCCCCCAACUCUAGAUACAUCCUAGAAUUCCUUAUUAAUGGAAUGUGGGGGUGGUGGCAUUUUCUUCAUUGCUUGUUGUGGUCUCUGGAGAAGGGGCUCUGGAGAGUUGAGGUCUUUAAAUAUAAGCGGAGAUGGCAAAUUCAGGUUCAGGAGAAAAAAAAUCAAAUAAAAUUACAUCUCCUCUUCUCCCUUCUGGCAGAAGGUGGUGUUGGCUUUCAUUUCCUGCUCUGAAUGGAGGCAAACAUUGUAAUUACGCAGUUAUAAUGUCUUUGGUUCCAUACUUAACAGUGAAGCCAAAUUAACUAAUAUAUGUGCAGUUGCAGUGUUCUAAUUUGGUGUCUUCUAUAAUAAAAUGCAGAAUUGCCCCUAGCCUAGUGUGUAAAGACUUGAUUUGCUUCAUCUAAACCUGAAAAGUAUGUAGCCUGGGAUAAAUUUAUGUACCUUUGGUAGAAAAUAAUUCUCAUUCAGUAAGAAGUGGUGACUGUUAAUCCUGGUUUGCAUUUUACAAAUCAGAUCAAAUUCUGUCGCAAUGCAAUGAACUUGUGCUGCAGUUUAUCUGUUUUUCUUAUAUACAGUUUUAACAUUUAACUCUGAAACUGUGUAGACCGUACUGGAUUAUAUUUAAACCCUCAUAUUAAAUGGUUUAUCAUAUUUCAUUUUGAGAAAUUAUACCAAGCAACCUGGAAAACCUCUUGGAAACCUGAACUGCAGCUGCUGGUAUUUAAAUUUUUUUGCUUGUUUUUAAAAAAACAACUGGACUUUGUUAUACUGUGUUUCUGGAACAGCAUGAUAUGGCACACUUCUAGACAUCUUAACUCUAGGAUUACUGAUUCUAGAUUUUGAAGUGAGACCAAGCCCUAACCAUAAGUUUACCCAGUAGUGGAUGGACUUUUUAAAUUCCUCUCUUCCUUUCUUGUAUCUGUCACAUCUUUUUCCUGCACUUAUUUUUAUACAAGAAAUAGCCAUAACAUGUUUGCACUAAGUAAGUAAAUUCUUCCCAAAAGUAAAACAAAACUUGUACAUACGUGGCAUUUAAAAGGUAGCUCAGGUAGCUUGCUUUAAAAAAAAAAAGAAACUUUAGAAAUCACCAAGCAUUGCUUAUUUUCCCCCAACUAUCUGCCUCUAUUGUGCUAAUGAAAUGCAAAAGUUGCGGUUAUAGAAUAUUAAGCAGCAUUGCUUCUAUUUGGAUGAAGCCUAAUAUUCAUAUCUGUGAUAAGGUACAAAGUUUCAGGGACAUUUCUCUAUUCUGAGCUGCCUUUUCACUUCCUGAGGACCUGCCAGCAUUCAAAGACAGUUCUGUACAUUAUGGGUUUCUGAUGCUAGGUGUGCUAAGAAAAAGCUGCUUGUAUUGCAACUAAGUAAAGGGCAGAGUAAUUCUCUUGAAAUUGCAUAAAUUAAUAUUUCACGAUGAAAUUAAUAUUCUGGAAAUAAGAUUGCCAUGUGUUUCUGGAAAAGAACAAUUAGGGUGCUUUUUAAAACUAACCCAAAAUAGAGAAUUAAAGAGAAUUAUCAAAGAAAGUUCAUAACACUUUGCUGCUGUUCCGCAGCAGUAACCUACUCCUUUGCUUUUACUUUAAGGAGUUGUUUUGUAAAAUCUUGGUGGAAGGGAAUAAAUAAAAAUGACAAGGGUUUCUUAGCAGGUGCAUUGAGAAGGUUGCCUUGAUUAUAUGUUGGGAAUCACUUUGUAUCCCUUGACACAAUGUGGAGCAGCAUUUUUCUGUGUUUUAGCAGACCUGUUCUUCUAUUCCUCACAAUUCUGCUUCUAUUCUUUCUUUUUAAAUAAUGUGUAGAUCAAUUUCUGAGAAAUUAAAUGCUCUUUGUUAAUGCCGAA